GCGUCAAUCUCCGUCUUGCAGUCGCUGGAGCCUUAUGGGGAAAGCUUGUGUCUUUAUUAUGGCCGUUGUGGGCAGCUGUGCCAUGGGUGUCACGUCCUGCUUCGUGAUUUUCACACCUGGACAAUCAUGUCCCUCUGUCGCCGCGAGUUCCCCCGCUGUCGCUGUUCGCGCCACAACCUGCAAGCGACAUCAUCAUCACCUUCAGGCGAAAAAGAAAAAGUCCGACCGUGGCAGACCCUCGCUAGACGAUGUAGAACGGCUGUCGAGAGGCCAGGCUGCAAAAAAACGGGGAACGGGGAGCCGAGGUGUCUGCCACCGUCUGAAUGAGUCAGAACGAAAGGCGUACGAUCUGGCCAAGAAACAAGGCUACGUCGUUCUAAGGGGCACGGGCUAUCGGAGGGAGCGCAAGGGUAGCCCUCUUCAAAACAUCUUCAGGCAGUUUUGCGACGCGAAAGCCAUGCCUUGCACCAGCGUUUUAACGGGCCAGGGGCCUGAUGCCGUGGACGAGGUGGAGAUCGAUUUCUCUCCCCUUAGAACUUCUCGGGAAGUGAUGGACUCUCUGUCCGAGCAAGCGGAUGCAGUUGCCGCCGAACUCGAGGCGCCACGGGUAGAGUUGGAGUUGGAGUUGGCCGGAGGAGCGGAAGACGCCGGCGAGACGGUGUAUCGGUGCGACUCCCGAAAGCAGGCGAAGGACGUGGCGGUGGCACUGUCGUCCGUGCGGUAG